UACUCGGAGGGAGAGAGGGAUAGACGGAGGGAUAGACAGAGGGAUAGAGGAGGCAGAGAGGAGGAGAGACCGGGCUCCGCGGACAGACCUGACGUUGAGCUCGCGUGAAACGCGCUGGAUUCAUCAGCUCCGUUAAACCGCUGAACUCCCGGCGCAGCAAACACGCGGGUGAUCCUGUGUGGCAUGCGCCCUGCAAGGGGAUAUGAGAAAAAGUAAGCAAGAUGAAGACGUGUUCUGAGGAGAAAAGAGGAAAAACAGCGGGGAGGAGCAGCUGUAAUAAACCUUGAUCAGCUAUUCUGCAGUCACUCGCGGAGAGGAACUGGUCAAUGAACAUUAGCAAUGGCCGCACAUGUUGUGCUUCUCUUUCUUUUGUUCUGUCAAGGGGAAAGAAGUGGCAUUUCAGAGGCCGCUGGCCUUUCGGAAGAAGAUGAGGACUUGCAAGUAAUAUCAAGCAAACCGCAACAAGCCUUACCUCAUCUAGAGUCCGUGGACAUCUUGUUUGUGGGGAUCAGUGGACUAGAAACCCACGUUGAGGAUGCAAAGGGUGACAUAAAACCUGUGCCAGAUGUGGAUUUUCAGGAAAAUGACAGAAAACCUGACGACUUUGGCUUUCAGAAUAAUCCAACGACACAAACUGCCACAUUUAGGCAUCCUGAUCCAUCUGCUACAUCCUUAAUUCCUAAAAACAGCCCUGAACUGACUUACAACAAGGAAAGCAGCAGUUUGGAGAAAGGAGAGGUGGAAGGUGUAAUUAAUGGUCACAGGCUAGUGCCAAGGUCAAAAGAGGCAGACGCUGUCCAGCCGGAGAUCUACACGGACAAAGCUGUUGGCGACAUUCAUCCUGAGAGUACUGGGGAUGGCUCCAACUGGGUCACGGAGUCUGAACGCAGUCGGUCAGAGCCACACCUGCUGCGAGUGGAGCGUCACCCUCGCCGCCGCCGGAGCUGGCUCUGGAACCAGUUCUUUGUGAUCGAGGAGUACAGAGGGCCUGAGCCUGUGCUCAUAGGACGGCUGCACACAGAUAUGGACAGAGGAGAUGGAAAAACGAAAUACAUGCUGGAGGGGGAGGGAGUCGGCUCUGUGUUUGUUAUCGACAGCAACACGGGGAACAUACACGUAACCAAGUCUCUGGAUCGAGAGGAGAAAGACCAGUAUCGUCUCGUUGCCACAGCCACUGAUCGUGAGAGCGGCCGAGCCCUGGAGCCGUCCUCGGAGUUCAUCAUCAGAGUGCAGGACAUCAAUGACAACCCACCUGUCUUCCCCAAUGAGCCAUAUGUUGCCAUGGUGCCGGAGAUGGCCAACAUAGGCACAUCCAUAAUCCAAGUCACAGCCAUAGAUGCUGAUGAUCCGACAUAUGGAAACAGCGCCCAGCUGGUGUACGGGAUAAUGCAGGGACAGGCCUUUUUCUCUGUGGACCCUCAGACAGGCAUCCUGCGGACAGCGGUACCUGACAUGGACAGAGAAACCCAGGAUGAAUAUCUGGUGGUCCUCCAGGCCAAAGACAUGGGGGGGCAUCUGGGGGGAUUAUCGGGGACUACGACGGUCACUGUGAGGCUGAGUGAUGUCAACGACAAUCCUCCUCACUUCAGAAGGAGUGCGUGGACGUUCUCCGUGUCGGAGCUGGCAGCGCCGGGCGUGGAGGUGGGCCGUCUCACUGCUACCGACCCUGAUCUCGGAGAAAAUGCCCAGCUGGAGUUUGCCAUCCUCGACGCAGAGGAGGCGGAAAUAUUCAACGUAACUGGAAGAGACAAAGAGGCUGUUAUUGUGCUGAACAAGCUUCUGGAUUAUGAAACCCGCAGCUCGUAUACUUUCUCCAUGGAAGCCGUGAACCCUUUCGUUGAUCCCCAGUACAUAAAGAAAGGCCCCUUUAAAGACCAGGCGACGGUCCGGGUCCUGGUUCUUAAUGCUGAUGAGCCGCCGCGGUUCUCCCAGGGUUUGUACCAUCUGGACGUGUCUGAGAACUGCCCCCCCGUCUGUUCUGUGGGCCGGGUCUACGCCGUGGACCCAGACACCGGACAGAGCACCAACAUCAGAUACUCCAUCGAUCCUCAGUCAGACCCGGAGGCUCUGUUCCGCAUCGCCUCUGACACAGGUUUUAUCAGCACAGUGAUGGAGUUGGAUUGUGAGGAAGAGCAGUGGCACAAUAUCACAGUCAUCGCCACGCAGAGGGACAAUCCGAAUCUUGUGUCAAGGGUUGUGGUUGCCAUAGAGACACUGGACCAGAAUGACAAUGCGCCGGAGUUGGACAGGCAGUACACAACAUCAGUAUGUGACUCCAGCGCCCCCGGUCAGGUGGUUCAGGUCCUACGGGCCAUCGACAAGGACCAGGGAGGCCAGGACACCCCCGUCCACUUCAGCAUCCCUGCUGUGUCCAGCUCUGCUCUCAACCUCACCGUCAGGGAAACUGGAGGCGUGACGGCCAGUCUGGUGCUCCAGUCGGCCCUGGAGCCUCUCCCUGGAUUCUCUUCCUCGUUGCUCACCCUCUACGUGCCGGUGGUGCUGCGUGAUGGCGCCUCGGGCCUGACCAACACCGGCACGGUCACUGUGACCAUUUGUCCGUGUCUGCAAGGAGGCAUGCAGACCGAGGACAGGGGCAGGCAGCGGGACAGGAGAUGGGAGAGGCACAUGGUUUGCUUGCCAGUACCGUCUGCCUCCCCGUCGCUCAUAUUCAGUCUGGUGACGUUACUGGCCAUGCUGGCCUGUGUCACCACUCUGCUGGUGGUCUGUGCACUCUCGCUGUCAUUGCGCCAUCAGAAACGAGACUCCCACUCACCCUUUGAGGAGGAUGAUGUCAGGGAAAACAUCAUAUCCUAUGAUGACGAGGGGGGAGGGGAAGCAGACACCGCAGCCUUUGACAUUACGGCGCUGCAGAGCAUGCACAGAAUACAGCACAUGCACAGCAACAGAAACAUAUGGUACACGCAGCAGAAUCCGCCCAGAGCCAGGACGUACAGCUGGAGCCUGCAUCCGCGCCCCAGCCUGGGCCCUCAGCAGCGGCCAGGCUCCGCUCCACUUUACGGACGCCUCUGUUACGGCAUCCACACACUGCCUGUUCUCAGAGAUUAUCCAGCUGGGCCACUGGAGGCAGGCCUUCAGCUGAGUCAGCUGACUCAGGGGCUCGCUGGAGGUCAUCUCAGCAAUUCCCUGCUCAUCUCCAACCAGGGCACCUUUGAGCCUCUGCUGCGCUCUCCUGAGAUGGGCCUCGCUGGUUUCGGAGCGGAGCAUUUGCUGGCGAAGAACGCAACUGCAGACAGUAAUGAAAGCAGUGAAGCAAACACGGCUGGCACAAAAGAGAAUGAGGGCCAGGCCAAGUUAAAUCCGACAGAAACGGAGUCGACAGCAGCCGAUGUUGCUGCAGAUCUGACUUGUGAGUCCUCAUGCCAAAGUCACACCAGCUUCUCAUCAAACCCGCAGGAGGGCCAGCCCGGGUCAUCAGAGACUCAGACCAGCACCAGACCAACCAGCUGCACGGUGGAUGACAUUGAUACUGAUUGCUCCAUUCCCUCCAUUUCAGAGAAAAGUUUUUCAACUAGCAGUCAGAUGAAUUGUGCAAACCCUCCUGCCUACAUGAAAGGUGACACAUACAGCAUUGUGGGCUCGCUGAACCCGAACAGCAUGGGGGCGUGUGUGAACGGGACCGGUGGCAGCGGAUUGUACUCAGCGGGGGUGCACUUAUUGAAUAUGAGCAGACUCCAGGGCAAAGACAUGACUCCGCAGUCUUUGCCCUUACCUGGAGGUAUGUUUGGCAACGGCAGUGGCUGGACACCCAGGACAUCCAGGGCCGAGCCCGGGAGAACAGAAUCCACAAACCCGCAGCCCCUCCAGAUGGAAGAGCUCCUUAACAUCCGUCUGGAUCAGGUCACCUUCGACCUGUCGCAGCCGCCCUAUGACUCCUUGCAGACUUAUGAGUUUGAGGGCCGUGAUUCAAGGGCCGAGUCGCUGAGCUCGCUGGAGAGCGAUGGCGAGAGGGACAAUGGGAGGAUGGCGGGAGGGAUGGAGGAGCUGAACCAGAAGUUUCAGAGGCUGAUGGAGAUUAUCCGAGACAGGCAGAGGGAGAAGGAAUCACACGCAAGUAAGGGAGGCGAGACUGCAGAUGCCACUCUCAAUGAGAGUCCCAAACAAAGUGAGGAGCAGGGAAAAGAACAGCAGAGGUGGGACUUCUAGACUACAGAAAUGGACAUGUUUGAGGGAGGAGGACUGUCUUUGACUGUGAUGGAUGUUAAACACAGCUGGGGUUGGUCAUAGAUAGCACCUCUGACAGAUAUCAUUUUUCCUCGUUCUGAAAGAGUCCAGACGGCUGCAGGUUUUGAGAAGAUCUGGAGAUCGGGGCCCAGUGUAUAGUUUUUUAAUUCUGCUGUGUUUAGAAAAUGUUUACGGGCCCACCACUUUUCACACUGCUCUUGUAACUGCUAUUAAUAAUGCACCUGAGGCUUUCAAAGCCAAAGCUAUGAAAAAUUUACUGUUUAAAAUAUUGAUCAUUGACCCUGAAAGCUGUAUUCUAAGAAAACAUUCACCUCAUAUUGGCUAGAAUUGUGAUUUUUUAAAUCACAAUUUUUUAAAUCAAAAUUUUUUUUAAAUUUAUAGAUCAAUAUCAGUGCACUCUGAGGAAACUCUCUGGAAUCUGAUCGUCUGGAUCAGAGAACCUGAAAACCCUACAAGCAUACACUACCAGAAUGGCCCACACUGCCACACGCUCACAGAGCCUCUCCAUUUGAGUCCAAACAUGUACAUUUCUGUCCUGCCGCUCCAUAAAAGGAGCAUCCAAAGUAGUUAUUGUCGCAGUAAAAACAAACCUGUUCGCUGUUAAAAAAUGAUGAGACUGUCGCUAUCAAAGACCUGUGUACUGUAAAAGUGCUGUAAAAUAGCAUCCACGUGUAGAUAAACAUCAACCACAAUCUCAGUUGGGUUGAGUAUUCUGGGUGCUGGACAUUUACUGGAAACAACACACAGGAAAUGAACGUUCUGACUUUAGUCAAAUCUGUCCAUGCAGCUGGGAUAGACUUCAACAUGAAGAAGUUAGCCUAGAAAGUUAAGGAUGGGCGGAUUUUUAUAGUUUAUUUUUGUCAUUGUUGGUGAUGUAGACUUGCACUAUACAAUGUUUCCAUUAAAUUCACCCACACUGGAUUAUCUGUUCUGUUAGCAUUUGCUCGUCGGGUAUGUCCACUGCUUUAUUCCACCUUCCAGCUUCGGAAGAGACAAAGUAAAGCAGGGAGCUAAGGCGAGCAGAAAAUAACCAUUUACUUUGAGAACACUUAAUGUUAUUCAGCCAUUUGACAAUGGUUCCUUUUUCAGAGCAAUUUCAAAUUGCAUUAAUUAUUCAGAGAGGUCCUAGAAUUCAUUAUUAAGAUAAUGUCAGUGUUUUCAAUAGUAUGAUAAAAUGUAUUUGGCUUCAUGUAAUUAUUCUCACUCCCUGCCUGCCACCACAGCGGGAGUUUAGGUCUUAAUCACCUGCCGUCCUUAUACUAUUGGAAUACUUUCAAACUAAAUUUGAGUGAAAAUCCCUGGCAUCCUCACAAUAGGAGGGUGCUGACAAGAGAGACGGGACUCCUCGGGCAAAAAAAGGAAACGUGGGCUAAAAGAAGAGGAGCGGGCUGUGACUUGUCAUCGCCACGCCUCACAUCAUCGGGACACUGUGGGUUUAUUCUGGCAUAAAAGCUGUUAGUUCUGCGAGCUCAAAAGCCAAAUAUGACAAAUUCCAUCACUGCACACAUUUAACCCAAGGAUGGACUACGCACAGACACAAGUUAGAACGUCGCCUCAAAAAUAGUGUGAAAAAAGUCAAAUAACAGUGAUUUAAAAUCUGUUUGAAAUGCAAAUGUUUUAAACGUUCACCUAUGUUUAUGCUCACUUAAAAGAAAGCUUUGAAAUGUGCUACUUGACUGGUGGAAAUCAUGUUUCUUCAGGUAAUGGCAGUUCAUGGUGCAAUGGUGCCACCUAAGGAUAAACACAUGGAGUACAUCUGAGCUCCUCCAUGUAGAGAGAGUCUGGACCAAGGCCAGAGCUAACGCAGAAGAAGAAAAGGACAGUUUGAUUAGUUUCGUCAGAAACAUUGUGGGAAGUAUAAGCAGGUCAGUUACAAGGCCUUGCAGCUUUUUUUCUUCAUUGUUCAUGCAAAAAAAAU